ACUAUAGGACCACCUUAACGGCCGUUGUGAGAAGUCACAGUUCGAGAUAACAAAUAGUUUCUUCGGUUGAAACCCGUUUGCUUUAAUACUUAUUAAUUUUUCCCCCCAAAGACGACCACUCGCACGGCACAAUGCGUGAGUGUAUUUCCGUCCACGUAGGCCAGGCUGGUGUCCAGAUGGGAAACACCUGCUGGGAGCUGUACUGUCUGGAGCAUGGCAUCCAGCCGGACGGCCAGAUGCCCAACCGUAAACCUGUGGGAGGCCACGACGACUCCUUCACCACCUUCUUCAGUGAGACCGGCGCCGGGAAGUACGUCCCCAGGGCCAUCUUUGUUGACCUGGAACCCACUGUCAUUGAUGAAGUGCGUACGGGGACUUACCGGCAGCUGUUCCAUCCUGAGCAGCUGAUCUCCGGAAAGGAGGAUGCAGCCAACAACUAUGCCCGUGGACACUACACCAUUGGCAAAGAGAUCAUUGACUCCGUCUUAGACAGGAUCCGCAAGCUGGCGGAUCAGUGCACUGGCCUCCAAGGUUUCCUGGUUUUCCAUUCAUUUGGUGGAGGCACUGGCUCUGGUUUCACCUCCCUGCUGAUGGAGAGACUUUCUGUCGACUUUGGCAAGAAGUCCAAGCUGGAGUUUGCCAUCUAUCCAGCCCCUCAAGUGUCCACAGCCGUGGUGGAGCCCUACAACUCCAUCCUGACCACCCACACCACCCUGGAACACUCUGACUGUGCCUUCAUGGUGGACAAUGAGGCCAUCUAUGAUAUCUGCCGCAGGAACCUUGAUAUCGAGCGCCCAUCUUACACCAACCUCAAUAGGCUCAUCAGCCAAAUAGUCUCUUCUAUUACAGCCUCCCUUCGCUUUGAUGGAGCCCUGAACGUCGACCUGACGGAGUUCCAGACCAACUUGGUGCCCUACCCACGUAUCCAUUUCCCUCUGGCCACCUACGCCCCGGUCAUCUCCGCCGAGAAGGCCUAUCACGAGCAGUUGUCAGUGGCUGAAAUCACUAAUGCCUGUUUCGAGCCUUCAAAUCAGAUGGUGAAGUGUGAUCCCCGUCAUGGUAAAUACAUGGCCUGCUGCCUGCUUUACCGUGGCGACGUGGUGCCCAAAGAUGUCAAUGUAGCCAUUGCUGCCAUCAAGACUAAACGCACCAUCCAGUUUGUGGACUGGUGUCCCACAGGUUUCAAGGUGGGCAUCAACUACCAGCCCCCCACGGUGGUUCCUGGAGGAGACCUGGCCAAGGUCCAGAGGGCUGUGUGCAUGCUGAGCAACACCACAGCCAUCGCUGAGGCCUGGGCUCGCCUUGACCACAAGUUUGAUCUGAUGUAUGCCAAGAGGGCCUUCGUCCACUGGUAUGUAGGGGAGGGCAUGGAGGAAGGAGAGUUCUCAGAGGCCAGAGAAGAUAUGGCUGCCCUGGAGAAGGAUUAUGAAGAGGUGGGCAUCGACUCAUUUGAGGAGGAUGAGGAAGGAGAGGAAUAUUAGCCUGUCUAUCUCAGUAUCGCCAAAAAAAGGAUCAACUUCCAUGCUGUCAUUUCCACCAUUGUAACGGUUUGUUCUUGAUUAGAGGGGAAAAAACUAAAAUCAUUUGUGGCAAAAAACAAAAUGUUUUGCUAUUCAAGAAAAAAAAAUAAAACUCAAAACAGCAGUCACUCCCAAAUGGACUAAUAGUAUCAUCGACCCGUUGUUUUCAAUAACCUCAGUUUUGUGAAAAGGCUGAAUUUUAUGAUAAUCUGCUUAUUUUUUAUAUGACUUGGAGCCCGUCUGUUGUUGCUCAAUAAAACAUUUC